AUGGUCACCAGCCUCGACCUCGCCGCAGCGGACCUCCCCACCCGUCGCGCUCUCGACGGUCUCUCGCUCGCCGUCGCAAAAAGCAAGCGCAUCGUCGUCGUCACCGGCGCGGGAAUAUCAUGUAGUUGUGGCAUCCCCGACUUUCGCUCGUCAGAUGGACUGUACAAUCUAGUGAAGAAGCAGUAUCCGAACGUGGUCAUGAAGGGCAGAGAUCUAUUCGACGCUACGCUAUUCCGCGACGCCGAUUCGACUGCUGUUUUCUAUACCUUCAUAUCGGAGCUCAAACGCUCGAUUGACGCUGCCUCCCCGUCACCCACGCAUGACUUCAUCAAAACGCUGGAUAGCAAGAAGAAGCUAUUGCGGUCAUAUACCCAGAACAUCGAUGGUCUCGAGGAGCGGGCAGGUCUUGUCGGGAGCUCUGCACCUGAAGCCCGUGCAGUCCCGAGCAAAGGCUCUACCGCCGCUGGGAAACUACGUGUGAAGGACGUCCGGAACGUCCAGCUUCACGGCGAUAUACACCGCGUACGAUGCACCUUCUGCUCUGUCGACCUUCCGUGUACGGAAGAACAUCUGCGGUUAUUUGGCCUAGGCCAGGCUCCGGACUGCCCCGAAUGCGCGUUCCGCGCCCAGGAGCGUGUGGCGCGCUCGGCGCGACCGAUCAAAAUCGGUACUCUUCGCCCUGCAAUCGUGUUGUAUGACGAGCCUCAUCCCUUGGGGGACGACAUCGGGGCGAUACAAACAUCCGAUAUGUCGCGUCGCCCGGAUUUGCUUGUCGUCAUGGGCACUUCUCUCAAGGUCCAUGGCCUUCGGCGUCUAGUCCGUGAGUUCGCGAAGGUGGUGCAUGCAGGGGCGCCAGAGGGAAAGAAAUCGCAGUACGCGUACAAGGUGGUGUUUGUCAACAAGACGCCACCUGGGAGCGAAUGGGCAGGAAUCAUCGAUUAUCAUGUCGGAGGCGAGACAGACGCGUGGGCUGGUCGUGUUCUGGACGACUGGAAGCGCGCUCGCCCGGCAGAUUGGGAGGUGCAGCAGACGCUUGACGGCGACGGUGUGUUUCGCCACGUAAAGGAGGGCGCCGCGACCACGGGGAAGGGAAAGGGGAAGGGAAAAGCGAAGAAGCCCUUCUCUAUAGUAGCAGUUGGUCCGGAGAACAUUCCGCCGUCGCAAGGUGACCCCGCGUCGACGUUGUGUACAAAGCCCGCGCCACCGGGCACACCGAAGCGCCGCAAGUCGGUCUCGCACUACGAGGCGGGUGGUGGCAGUCCCACGAAGCGUCGCGAACUGGAGCCCCUGCGCAUUGAGAUUACUAAGGGUGGGAUGGACGCGCUCGGGCAGGGCUUACUGGAGAAGACCUUGUUUGCGAACAAGACGAACGCGGUCACCGUCAUGGAAUCCGGAGAUCGCAGAGGUCGUGGGCGGCCGAAGGGGAAGGGUAAAGCCCCAGCGACGGAUGGGAAGCCGAAGGCGAAGGGCGUCAAGCGGACGGCGAGCUCGGUUGACACACCGCGGCGUGCGAAGGCAGCGCCGCCCGCGAACAGACGGAAGGUGGAGGUCUCUCUGAAGCGUGCAGCCUCUACAGUUGGUCUGCGUAGUAGCCAACGCACACGUCAACCACAAGUGGAAGCCGAGAUCGAGGUCGACGUGUUCUCAUGA